AUGAAAACGACCAUGUCCCCUCGAGAAUUUCACCUAAGGACAUUUUUCAGCACAACAGAUAUUCAGCUUCCGCUUUUCCUUUGUGUUUUACUCAUGUACCUGCUCUCCGUGCUUGGAAAUCUAAUUAUUAGUUUACUAAUAUGUUUAGUGUCCCAACUGCACACACUGAUGUAUAUCUUCCUGUGCUGUCUAUCGAUCCAGGACAUUGUUUAUGUUUCCACUGUUUUACCAAAGUUGUUAGCCAUUACAAUCACCGGUGACACCAUUAUUUCUUUCUCCGGAUGUUUCACCCAAAUAUUUUUAUUUGCUUUCUGCAUUGAUGCAGAAUUUUUCCUUCUAACCUCCAUGGCUUAUGACCGCUAUGUUGCCAUUUGCAUCCCGCUCCGAUACUCUUUAUUAAUGAACAAACGGGUGUGUGUCAUAUUGAUAUCUACUUCCUGGUUUGCUGGUUUCUUGAACUCUUUGAUGUUUACUUUGCUAAUGUUCAAUUUAACUUUUUGCAAUCCCCAAGAAAUCAAUCACUUCUUUUGUGAUGCCCCAACAAUGCUGAAACUCUCCUCUACUGAUACUGCCAUUAUUAGGACUUUGAUAUCAAUUGAAGGAGUAUCCCUUGGGCUAUUACCAUUUAUAUUAAUUUUAACCUCCUAUAUGUACAUACUAUCUACCAUUUUGAAGAUCCAGUCUUCAUCAGGAAGACUCAAGACCUUCUCCAGCUGCUCCUCACAUCUUACCGUUGUUGUACUUUUCUACGGGACAUCUCUUACCUUAUACAUGAAACCAGAGUCAGGAAACUCCCAAGAGCUAGACAAACUGCUUUCCAUGUUGUAUGUUAUUGUGGUUCCGAUGCUAAAUCCAUUAGUGUACAGCUUAAGGAACAGGGAGGUAAUAAAAGCCAUGAACAAAAUACUUGGCAAAAAUAUUUUCCAAAGAUGA